UAGCAGCCGCCGAACGACAGGAGCGCCACUGGUACUGACUAAGCAAAUCAUUAGUGUCAAGAAGUUACAGAUUUACAGAUUUGACUUUUCUUCCUCCUUCUUUCUGUUCUUUUUUCAGCUGUACAGACUAAUGAUUGACACUAAAUUCUGUGUGCAGUGAUGACUGACUGACUGAUCAUGAAGAUAUUUGACAGAUAUUUGACACCUGUUUCCUUGAUUUUUAAUGCUGCUGUGUUUUGAGCCCUUCUGUUUUCCUUUGAGGAUGUUGGGGGGUACUGUAGGUUGAGGUUGUCCAGGGUGUUUUAUAUUUGGCUGCUGUUUAAUUUAUUGAAGUACAAUUACUACAUUAUGGAUAUUGCACUGAAACUGCGGUUUAAAAUUCCAAAGAUGUGAAGAUACCCUGUACCCUGUGUGACCAGAAAAUCCUACCAGAAAUCCUGCCGAGGGAACCAAGUCUCUUAGGAACACCACUGGUUUAGUCUGUUAAAGAAAUGAGUCAAGGUUCUAGUACUUUGGCUGUGACCCUGAUAACUGCAGCAGGUCCGGUCUGGUCAGGUCAGUUCAGGUCAGGUCCGGUCAGGUCCGGUCCGGUCCGGUCAGGUCCGGUCAGGUCAGGUCCGGUCCGGUCAGGUCAGGUCCGGUCAGGUCAGGUCAGGUCAGGUCCGGUCAGGUCCGGUCCGGUCAGGUCAGGUCAGGUCCGGUCUGGUCAGGUCCGGUCUGGUCAGGUCCUGUCCGGUCCGGUCAGGUCCGGUCCGGUCAGGUCCGGUCCCACCUGUUAGCCUGUAAGGACCAAAAACUGUUCACGGUUUAUAGUCAAAGGUCUGUCUGUAGUCUCACUUUAUAACACCUGUACGUUGGCACAGGUGGAGCCCUCUGUGCGCCUGCAGCUGCUCCUGGAGACUCUGGGAGUCCCUGAGGACCGUCUGACUGGACUGAAGCCUCACCUGCGCCUCCUGGUGGCCGUCACCUGCUACUGGCUGAGAAAUGCCAAGCCUGCCCCGGAUGAGACGCUGCUGAAGGCGCUGCUGCUGGGAGCGAGUCACGGAGAGUCGAUGAGACGGAGAGCAGGUGAAGUUCGGUCCCUUAUCUCAGCAGCUCGUGGGUCUGAAGUUUCAUCAGGAGUUUAUUUUCUCAUGAACCCUGAAUUUUCACCACAUCCAGAACGGUUCCGAUCUUCACCGUCUGCCCAUUCCCACCAGAUCUGUUCGUGAGGCGAAUUUCGUGGCGGAUUACUGAAACUGAAAAGAACCCGCAGAUUCACGUCCAAUCUCUCGAUAACGAGUCGUCUCUCUAAAGACAGACACAUAGACAUAUAAGCAGUAGAUUGUGUCCUUCCAGAGGAGGAAAUCUACUUCUAGACUUCUAGAAUCAGCAUCUCCUCAUCCAUGGUGUCAUCGGGGUGAAAUGACGUCUAAAAACCUUUCACUUGUUCGUCUCCGCCCGUUUGCAUGGUGUGAAAUACGAUCCUCCUGAAACACGGAGUGUUUUAUUUUGAAAAGAAGCCGGAUGUUUUAUUUUGAAGUCUGUGCCCGACUUCCUUUCCAGCACGGGUUAAUCUGUGCUGAAUUUAUCCGCCAUGCUCCGGCGUCCAGAAAAAAUAGAACUCUUGUGAUCAGCUGAGGAGUCCGGCGAUCCGCAGAGGAACGGAAAGAAGUCGGUGUAAAUUGACACGUUAACUUGAAUGGUUACGAUCAGCUACGAUCGGAGGAUACGACCUUUUAGGAGACGAUCAGGAUGAAGGUGGAGGUCGGGGGUUACAGUGAAAUGAUGCAUCUUAAAAUCUCUGAUGUCCUCCACAAACAUCAGAACAUGGAGGUCCUCCAUUUUCUGAGGACCACCAUGAAGCUUCUCAGAUCAGAGAUGUUCUCCAGCUCUGAAGAUCAGAGUGACGGCAGAGCCUCCAAAGACGUCUGUGUUUGUGUUUCAGCUGCAGAGAAACGACUCCACAGACUAAAGUUGGACACCGACGUCUCUCACCUCUUCAACCAAUGGCAGGACUGCCUGAAGCAAAGCGUCCACCUGAACCAGCUGCUGGGCCUCCCCUUACCGGAGCCACGGAUAGCAAGGUGAGGACCUCCAGGAUGAAGCAGUCAGACUUACCCAGACUUGGUUUUAGUGAGUCAGGUGAGGUGUCUCUGAAGUCCAGACUCUGAGUCUGACCGAGGAGCUCAGUCAGGGAGAUGUUGGAGAACUUGAGUUUGGAUGUUGAGUUUCUGUGUUUUCUCUCAGGUGUUACGAAGGGUCGCUGGUCCAUGAGCUGGUCCACAUGAUGAAGACGGGACAGAAACUGAAGACCCUCCUGCAGAGCACGUCCUACAGCAGGAGACAGUACCACAGCAUGCUCGCUGUCGCCCAACGCCUUUACGCCCCGAGACCUUCACGUCAGAAGCGAAGGUCUUUGAAGGACGAGGACGUCUCUCUGAAGGGCCUCCUCUCCCUGUUGGAGGAGGAGGAGGUCAGCAGCGCGGUCAGAGCCCACGAGGAUCUUCGUCUGGAGGAGAAGCUGUCGGUGAGAACUCGGUACAGGGUGAAGGAGAGGAGCAGCCGCUGCGACCAUCUGAUCCUCAGACGCAAAAAGGAGCGCAGGGGGAGGGACUUCCUGUGA